AUAUAUUCAAGCGCGCGCAUCAGCGCUGCCCCCAAAUAGUACAUCUCCCUCCAUGAUGCUCGCAACUCCUCCUAGCAUCACUCACCGCCACCUUCACAGCGGCAUCAUCCCGCCACCGGGUCCGGGCCACCGCAGGAGACUCGUCUCCACUGCACGCGCCGCCGUGAAGCGAGAUGGUGCCACCACGGAGGUAGCAGGCGAUGAGGGCGCGUCGUCGUCGUCGUCGUCGCCGCCGCCGCCGGAAAGCUCGAGGGUGACUAAGGCUGCCGCGACGGCGACCCCGGCGGCGUUUUCGUUGCCCAAGGACUACAGCCAUACGCUGUUCCACUCCGAGUUCCUGGAGGUGCUGGGCCUGAUCGACCUCGAGUCGCUGCGGAAGCGGCCGAGGCUCACCGUAGGGGUGACGGUGAAGGCGUCCCUGCCGCUCCCGGUGCUCGUGGUCCUGGCGGCCCUGUACCUCGCGGACGUGACCAGCGGUCUUGUUGACUGGACGCAUCAUCACCUGGAGGGCGACGCCGACGACGUAGGGGACUAGUGAAGAAGGGACGCCCUCACUGCCCUGCCCUGCCAUGCCCCGGCUCUCCAUUGUAGCGGAUGCAGGCAUGCAGCAGCCUCAACUUGCUUGUGUAAACAAUCAGCUUCAGGACAUAAACUGACUUUUAGUUUAGUGGUGUGCUUUGUAAACCCUGCUUUUAUCUUACUCGCUCUAUUUCUAACUAUUAGAUAUAAUGUAUUCAAACACAUCUUUGAAUAAGAAACGAUUUUAGUCUCUACAA